AUGCAUCCAGUCUCGCGGAGGCUUGGCAAACUAUCGGGCAAGAACAACUCUCGGGAUUGGUGGCGUGUCUUAGGAGAUGGUCCAGAAAUACAAACAAUCCGAGUUCCUGUGAAAUUCAAAGACUUGAGCGACGGUGAAUUCAAGCACCGACUGGAAGACAGACCAAUAUUGGACCCACACUUAGUAAUAGAAUACCUAUUCAACAAAGCAAAAGUGGCGAUUCCUCGUGAGGAGGUUCGAAGGUACUGGAACCACCAUUCCCACUUUGGGGAGAAGUGGGCGCAGAGUUGCGACAACUUUGAUCGCAUUCCUUUGGGGAUAUUUGGUGACAACGCACGUGUUACCACGCAAUAUGGCAAAGUUGUGCAGCUAAUCGGGAUCUUUAUGAACCUGGUGCUAUGGCGUCCAGGCUCAGUCCGCCUGUCGAGGUUCUUACUUUUCUCCAUAGGAGAUCAUGAACUUUGGGGCUACCAUACAUUGCAAACUGUUUAUAGGAGACUUACAUGGAGCCUGAAUGCCCUUUGGGAAGGACGACACCCUGAGGCAGGAGCUUGGGGAGACCCUUUAGGGCCAAACCUUCAAAAAAAAGCUGGCAAAUGGAUAACUCAUGACGCGUUACUCUUCGCCACAACAGAAGUCAGGGGUGACUGGAGCUGGUUGAAGAAAAUAUUUCGUUUUGAAAGGACAUCGUGGACAGGAAUCCAGGUAUGCCACCAUUGUCGAGCUCUUUCAAGUGGUGAGUGGAAGGACCUGUACUGGAAUCUGGAACCUUCCAGUAAUUGGUAUGAUAACAUGUUUGACUUGGAUGAUUGGUGUGAAGAACGCCUGCCUGCUCAGGGAAUUUGUCCGCUCAUUUCCUUGCGCAACUUCCAUCCAACUGUCAUACGGUGGUGUUUAAUGCAUGUGUUUCACCUCGGGCUCCUCUAUGAUGCCAAUGGAUCGAGUCUGAAUUUACUGCUGUCCUGUGGGUUUUGGGGCGGCCCUGCUGAAUACUCCAGGAGUUUGCUGCUGGCACGUGCUUAUCAGGAUUUCAAACAAUGGUGCAGGGUUAACCGCAUACAGUGCUCACAACCAGAGUUCAAAGAAUCCAUGAUCUACAAGAAAAACGGUGAUGUGCUCUUGACCUUGAAGGCAUUCAAUGGCCGGUGUGUCAUGGAGUGGCUCUCUGAAAGAGUGUACGAAGCACACCAGAACCCUCAGUACUCCGCAUUUGACCCUGCAAGAUUUUGCGUCAUUGCUGGAACCAUGAUUCUCUCCAGCAUUGUUUUUGGAAACGCAGAUUAG